GUUUUAACGUGGAGACGGUGGAGUACAAGAACAUCUGCUUCACUGUGUGGGACGUAGGUGGACAGGACAAGAUCAGACCUCUGUGGAGACACUACUUCCAGAACACACAGGGUCUGAUCUUCGUGGUGGACAGUAACGACAGAGAGAGAGUCACUGAAUCGGCCGAGGAGCUCUCGAAGAUGAUCCAGGAAGACGAGCUGAAGGAUGCAGUUCUGCUGGUGUUUGCAAACAAACAGGACCUUCCCAACGCCAUGGGGGUCAGCGAGCUGACCGACAAACUGGGCCUGCACAGCCUGCGCAGCAGAACUUGGCACGUCCAGGCCACCUGUGCCACCCAGGGGACGGGUCUGUACGAGGGUCUGGACUGGCUGUCCAACGAGCUGUCCAAGCGUUAGACCAGCUGACAGGAAGAUGAYGUCACCGUGUACAAACCGAGGAGGAGGAGGAGCUUCUCACAGGACUGGGUUUUGUUUUUUAUAAAUUAUAAAGGUGUGCAGGAAGUGAUGUCAUGGACUCUGAGCUCACCUGGUUUCCCAUCAUCCUCUUCUUCUGCAGCUGUUUGAUCUGUUUUUCUUUUUAAUCUGCAUGUUUUAACUCCGUCAUGUGACAGGAAGUUGUAGGGAGGGGGGGUGGAGAGGCGGGGCUUACGACAGGUGGCAGUUACCUGGUCAUGUGAUGACUCAUUCCACAGGGCGGGACCUGACGGCCUCGUCAUUCCUUAUUAAUGUGAAGAAGAAGAAACGCAGAGACCGCCAYGAUGCAAUAAAGUUUUUUUUCUUCUCA